ACAAUGGAAUGUGGCACAUGGUACAAUGCGGGCGUUGCUGGUAUGUUCUAUGUAUUCUGAUAUAUACAAAACCGGGUGAAGAGAAAAGUUUUUUGUUUAUGUAAUAACGAAAAAUAUGUAAGGUUUAAGCUGUUCAUUGCAAACAUAACCAAAAAUUUAGGUUGUUCAAUCAUGUAAUACAAAGUCUUAACAGCUAAAAUGAAAUUUUUUUUAUUAAGUCAUAAAAUUUUACUAUCAUCAUAUUUUUGUGUUGUUUGUGGGUAUUUGAAUUUAUAUUUGAGUCUUCCCGAAGUUCAGAGAUUGCUGGGUUUACAUGCUGAACUUUUCUAUAUCCGAAAAGGAGUAAUAAAUGAUUAUGCCUUGAACUUCGUUGUUCUAAUUCCAUCCAAUGUCGAUUCUCUACAUUUCACUUGGGAAACUUUAACACCAGGACAUCAGGUGCAUUAUUCACUUCAAGUCUACACAUCAAAUCCUGUUGCCCUUCCACCUCCUAAGUUCAAUAUAUCAGACUUCGGCGUAAUUCCAAACUCAGUUCAAACUUUUCAAAUUACCUUGCCAUGUUCGGGUAUCGUAGAAGCUGAAGUAAUGAUCACAAUCAAAAUUAAUAUAACUUUUUCACCGGAAAACGUUACAACACUCACUUUUCAAAGGAAAAAAGUUUGUCUAGAAUUAGUUAAAUCAACUACUUAUAUUUCUAUGGACUCAGUGCCUCAAUUUACGAAUUCUGCAAAUAUUUUUUAUAUAGCGGUUUGCUGUGCCAUUUUACUUAUUUUAAUUCUAGCAUUCGUUGUUAUUUCAUAUUAUAUUAAAGAUAACAAAACUAGAAGAACGACUGAGAAUGGUAGUGGACCAACUACAUCGACAACAACGUUUUUGGCAGCUUUGCCUAGGAGUAGUGUGAAUGCUUCUUCCUAUGGUAGUUUUAGAAGAAUGCCCAGCUAUUCACUUAUUGAUGAGAGGUCUAAGGAUUUACAAGAUAAAGUCACAGAACUCUCAGUACAACGAUGCAGAGUUCGACUGAGUAGUAUAAUUCUUGAAGGUACUUUUGGAAAAAUAUAUCACGGCUCGUACACCACAGAAGAAGGAAAUGAAGAAACUGUUAUAGUGAAAACAGUUACAGACCACGCUAGUGAAGUACAGAUCUCACUUUUAUUGCAAGAAGGAAUGUCUAUGUAUGCUUUGAAUCAUAAGAAUAUAUUGAGCAUUCUAAGAGUUUCGGUCGAAGAACACAUGGCUCCAUUUUUGCUGUAUCCAUACAAAAAUUACACUAAUCUCAAAUUGUUCCUACAAAAAUGUAAAGUCUCUUCUGAGGGAGUUCAUCACACUUUAACCACACAAGAAGUGGUUGACAUGGCAUUGCAAAUUAUUCAGGCCAUGCAAUAUUUGCAUAAAAAGCAUUUAUUGCAUAAAGAUUUAGCUGCUCGCAAUUGCUUGGUUGAUGACAAAUUAAAUGUAUUAGUUGCUGACAACGCUUUAUCUAGAGACUUGUUUCCUUCAGACUAUCACUGUCUGGGUGACAACGAAAAUAGGCCUGUUAAAUGGUUAGCUAUUGAGAGCCUCCUCCAUAAAAGUUUUUCACCGAGCUCUGAUGUAUGGUCAUUUGGAGUAUUGCUGUGGGAACUUACCACCCUUGCUCAGCAGCCCUACGUAGAGAUUGAUCCUUUUGAAAUGGCGGCUUAUUUAAAAGAUGGUUACCGUCUUGCUCAACCGAUUAAUUGCCCAGAUGAAUUAUUUGCAGUAAUGGCUUAUUGUUGGGCAAUGAGUGCUGAAGAGAGACCUAACUUUACACAACUACACGUAUGUUUGCAAGAAUUUUAUGCACAAUUGACUAGAUAUGUGUGAGCAAAAAUGUAUUUAUAAUUUUUUGGUAGUGACAAAAUUACUAAAAUCUGAUUUAUUAUAAAUGCAGGGCGAUUCCAUAGUUAAGUAUAAUUUUGUUAUAUAUCUGUUACUCAAAGCAGAAAUAAAAGAGAAUCAAAACAUAGAUGCCAUUAUAUACAAUAAUGGUCAAAACUUGUAAGAUAUCAGUGAAGUUGGUGAAUUAUCUCUGCUAAAAACAUAAUUAAGGUUAAUUGUAAAACAACAGACAUACCCAAAAAUGAUCAGUGAGUUUAUAGAAAUGAACAAAUACAACUACACUUAUAAAAUCAAAGAUAAUGAGCAGACAGGAAAGGAAGCAUAUUAACACAAUAAAUUAUUAUUAAAAAUAAGAAAUAUUUUUAACAUAUUUUCUAAAAAUCUAUAUAUGGGGAUCCCACAACACAUUAGAAGUAAAGUUACACCAUCCAAUUGUAUAAUAUGAGGAAGCAAAUUACAGAUGCUGAAAACCAUACUGUAAAAUAACAAGAGUACUAUAAUAUCAAUAAAAAAUUUGUGCCAUUGCAAGACAAAUCAUAUAAAAACCUUCUAACAGUCAGACACAAGUACAUCUAUAAAAAGGUGAAACCUAUGCCAGUGUAACCAGUGGCAACUCAAAUCAAAACGAUGUUUAUGUUUCUAUAUAGUCUUGAUUUUAGGUCUCUUCUGAUUGAAAAUUUUUUUAAAAAAAGGUCUAAAUUUAACGAUUUGACCUAUUGCGGUCUUUAUCAAAAAAUUACUUGGUAUUGACAACUUGCAACAUUAUAUUGAUUAAUAGAUCACCUACAACAUGAAUAUCAAAGAAGAAAUCUGUUUUAACUACAAUAAUUUCAUUUUUUUCCAGUUGUCAUUUCCCAAAAAUAAUUAAAAGCUAUCAAUUGAAUUUUGUAGUUGCAUUGAAAUUUAUGAAAUAGAAAUAUUGAUUCUACUUAAAUUGUUCAGAUCGCCUAUAUCAUUGACAACUCUCGUUCCUAUGUAUGUAAAUCAUUUCUAAAAAUUCUCUUUUUCCUGUAUUUGUUACCGUUUUAGAAUAAUUUAAUUUUUAUAAAUGAUAUUUCAUGGUUUGUUAAUGCAAUUUUAUUUUUUUUAACGUAUUGAUGGCCUUUUAAUCUAUUAUCUAAAUACUGUGAUGUCUGUCCUAUGCAAACAGCAUAACAAUCAUUAUAAGGCACUCGAUGUAUAUUACAUAUUUUUUUUUAUUUUACUUUGGUAAAAUAUUUGAACAAUGUAUUAUGUCCUUACACAUAUAGCCAGGAGAAGUGCAUCAAUAGAAAAUAAUUGUCUUGAAAAACUGAUAAAAAUAAACAUAUACUACAAUUAAAUAAAAAACAAAACAAAAGCCAAGAAUAAAAACGUUAACCUCUUGUAUGUAUAUAGAUAAUAUUAUUUUAUCUCUUUCAUAUAUUGAAAUUAAUAAUUUACUGUUCAAGAGUUUCUAUCCUCAUAUACAAUUCACUGUAGAAGAGGAGAAUACUGAAAACUCUUUACCUUUUAAUGACACUAAAUUUUUUAGAAACAAAGAUAUUGAAAUUUUAAUUGACUGGUAUAAGAAACCAAUAAAUUCUGGAAGAUAUAUCAAUUAUCAUUCAAAUCACCCACGUAACACUAAGAUUAAUUUAAUCCAACAGAUGAAAAAUAGAGUUCUUGAAAUUUCUGAUCUAAUAUUACAAAAGAAAAAUCUCAAAAUACUUCAAUAACUUUUUCAUGAAAACUCAUACCUUUUGAAAACAUUACUACUUUUGACUUGUGUGAAUCAUCAUUUUUGGUUUUGAUUUAUUUUGUGAGCUUUUUGUGUCUACUCUAUUUCUCUUAUUUAUUUUCAAGUUCAUCUAAGUUUCAUUACCAGACUGGUUGUUUGUGAGUGAUUUUAAAAUUUGUUAUUUGUUGUUGAGAAACAUUCUUACCAACGUUACUAAUACCAAUUGUUGUCUUCGGCGCAAAAGAUGAUAUUUUGAAUUUUAUAAAAUUUAGGUGUAGUAAACUUUUUAUUUAGGAUCGUGUGGAAGAGAAUUAAUUUACCAUCUUUGCUCUCUCCCUCAAUACCCAAAAGACGACUUCGCUAAAGUGAUUUUUUUCUCAUUCUUAGAGUUUUUGUUUUUCUAAGGGAUAUGAUUUUGUUAAAUAUUAUGCUUAGGUUGAAGUCGCAAAAAUGUUUCUUAUGUUUUUCAAAAUUUUCACGUAAAUUAGUUCCCAUUUUAUUUAAUUUAAAUUCUAGUAUGUAUAAGCUUUUGCUUUCAAUUCCUUUAGCUAUAAGUUUAUUAUUUUUGUAAAUAAAACAUUAUCUUUUUUUAAAAAUAAUUUUCAGACCUGCGCUUUCCAGCUUUCUAUCGGAGAAUAAGUUAUGGGCUAAAUUUUUAACAUAUAAAACAUUUUUGAUUUGUACAGUUUCGCCAGUUUGCAAAACACAUCAAUUGAACCUACAUGUGUAAAUUUUUAAGUUUCAUUACCUUUAGCUACAUUAAUUAGGAUUUGAUGUUGAGGUAUACAUACUUUUAAGAAUACACUUAUAUCAUUUAUUAGAUGAUCUGUUGCACCCGAGUCUAUAUACUAUUUAACUAUGUUAUUACUACAAGUAGUGUUCAAAGUCUUUCCAGAAGUUAUAAAUGUUAUGCUAUCACUUUCCUCUGUUUUUUAAACCAACAUUGGCUCCUUGUACGAGGAUGUAUUGAUAUCUAGUUAGCUUAGACCAGUUCCAUGCAUAAAGAAAAUAUUGCUUUACCAUAGCAACGAAAAAUAACUUAUUAGAAGUGUCAGUGUAAAGUUUGACGUCAAAAAAGUAAACCAGAAUUACGCAAUAAAUUAAAAGAAAAAAGAUGUCCAUCGAAAUUGUGAAAAUCGAAAAAUUGGAGUAUCGAGCUAUCAUCAAGUACCUGUAUUUAAAAGGGUUAAGGGGUAAGCAGAUUUAUAAAGAUGCUUAAUACCCCUGGUGAUUAAUGUCCUUCGUAUGCGACCGUGAAAAAUUGGACUGCAAGCUUCAAAAAAGGUAAAUUUUCCAUUGAAGAUGAUGACCGAUCGGGAACGCCAGUUUCUGUGUCAGUCCCCGAAAAUAAUCGAUGCAGUUCACGACAUGAUUUUAUCAGACCGUCGAAUUGGGCUAAAACGGAUAUCUGAAGCACUGAAUAUUUCAUACGAACGCGUUCAUCAUAUAGUUCACGUCAAUUUGGACAUGAGAAAAAUUGCUGCAAAAUGAAUCCCCAAAUGUUUGAAUGUUGACCAAAAGCGUGCAAAGCUAGAAGCAUCGCGUUCGAUCUGUACUCGAUUUGAAAAGGAUGUAGACUUCUUAAAUCGAAUUGUUACUAUGGAUGAGACUUGGGUACAUUUCUACAAUCCAGAAACAAAGUAACAAUCCAUUGAAUGGCGCCACUCUGGUUCUCCAAGACCUAAGAAGUUUCGUGUCCAAAAAUCUGCUGGAAAAGUUCUUGCUUCAGUUUUUUGGGAUUGCCAUGGAGUAAUCAUGAUUGAUUUUUUAGAUAAGGGUAGAACAAUAACUGGAGAUUACUAUUCGACAUUACUGACCACUCUACAGAAAAAAAUAAAGAGAAAAGACGCUGAAAGCUAUCCAACGGUGUUUGGUUUUUGCAGGACAACGCCCCUACGCACAAAUCUCAUGUUGCCAUGCAAAUGAUUUAGUGUUUGAAUUACUAGAACACUCCCCUUAUUCACCACUCUUUCCUGAGUGUAAUUUUGUUUGUAAUUGCUUGUAUAAGCCACUAACAUGUAUGAAUUGUUGUUUGUUUGUGAACUAUUUCCCUUUAUUUUAUGAUCUAACAAAAUCCAAUUUCAAUUUUGAAGAGUCCAUAGUUUCUAAUGCAGUUACAAUUGUAUUAUAACUUCUUAGUAACGUCAGAAGUAGAUGGCAGACGAUGUCUAUUUCCUCAAGAGUAGCACCUACAGACUUAAGUUUUCUGAUCGUUUCUUUAAACUAGGUACUAGUUUCAUAGUAGCAGCUAUGCCUUUUCUUUGAAAAACUGACACUAACGCUUUGCACACCUAAAAAGCCGUUUUUUAUCCUUCACGUAUUCAAGUUGCAAGUUUGAGAUGCACCGCACAAUUAUUGAUUUACAUUGUUUGUCGAAGACUUUGUCAUCAAAUGGUUUUAUUUCAAUUUUUUCAUUGUUUAUACCGGCCAUUUUAUUCUUCACUUUGUACCUUCCCCAUUUUCAUCAAAAACUUCAAUGUAUGUUUUUGUUAUUCUGGGCCUAUAACCUGUUGAGCAGUGAACCAUAGAAGUUUAUUUUAUAUUUUUUUGAAUAAAAAUGCUACUGAUGAACUGAAGUUAAUCUUUAUUCUAGUCACUAGACAUGUUCUUAUUCAUACCUUAACAUUACAUCUUAUUCAUUACAGGAAGUAACACCUGACAUAUGUCAAACAAUAAAGAACACAGAAUACAAACUUAUAAUUUCAUUGUCUCAACUACAGGAGAAAAUGUAUCAACUUGAUCAAUACCUUCUCGUUGAACAAAACCUCUAGCAACUAAUCUUGCUCUGUAGCAUACAAUUCCAUCACUAUUUAUCUUACGUUUAUACACCCACUUGUUGUUGACUACCAUACAUUUUUGUGUAGGAUGAACCAAAUCCCAAGUUUCAUUCUCAUCAAAUGAACGGAGCUCAUUUUCCAUUGCUUUCUUCCAUUCCACACCAUCUGAUCUGGAAAAUGCUUCCUUGACUCUUAUAGGAUCAAUGUUUAUGCUGGUAGCUUGGUUCACAUUUGUUUUUAUACAAUCUUUGACAUCAGAGCACAUAUAUGUCGCAUACUCAUAUUUUUUUACCUUCUGUGUCUGACGUAAAUUCUAAUUUUUCUGGAUUUUCAAGUAAUUUGAGUUAUCAAUUUCUUUAGUGUACUCCCCAUUUUUCAUCCUCUGAUUUUUAAAAUCUUUGUUUUCAUUUUUUGAUAAAUUUUGCUCGUAAUCUUAUUUUUAUCAAAGUUUCUUUCUCUUUUUUAAUAUUUUCCAUUACUACUACAUCUCUACUUAUAAUAAUGGAGUUAGUCUGUGGAUUGAACAAUCGGUAUCCCUUGACUGUUUCACCGUAACCUAUCAAAAUCAUUUUCUUAGACUUUCUGUCAAUUUUUUUUCUUUUACUUUUGGUUAAGUGUACCAUUACAGUGGAACCAAUUAUUCUUAAAUAACUUAAGUUUGGUUUGACACCACUUAACACAAAUUUCAUAUGGUGUAUUGUCAGUUGAUCCAGAUGCUAUCGAUCUAUUCCGAAGAUAGGCUGCGGCUUCAUCCCAAAACUUUUUCUCAAGAUUUCCAUCGAACAAUGGCUUCAUCUAUCCUAUUCAUCAUUUCACUUAAACCAUUUUGCUCUGGUGUGUACGGAUUUGAGGUUUGAUUUGGUAUACCAUUGUUCUUAAGAAAUUCUUCAAUAACUCCUUGGCCCUUGUACCAAUAUGGUUAAAUGAUGGACCACUUUAUUUUCCUUUCUUAACAGACAAUGCAGUUUCCUUUUUCUAUCCUGCCUUCACAAACUAGUCCAUCAACUAUACCACUAUUCAUUUUAUUUAAUUCUGUAAAAUUGAUGUGCUCUACCUUCUGUGCCAUGUUUUAGCAGUCACUAAACAACAUCAUUCUAUCUUGCUUGGUCUAUGAACAUUCAGUUUGUAAACAUUGUCAAAUAAAUCAGCUGUAGUUAUUGAACAAUUGUUUUGAUUGACAAUUCUGCAAAAACAACAGAAUUUCGAUUUUUAAUGAGCUGACUCACUGAUAUAAGAUUUGUUGUCAGUUGAGGAACACAAACAGCAUUUUUUAUAAUAAUAUCAGUUGUUCACCAAUUUUUGAUUGAUUAUUUACCUUUUCCAUACAUGUCACUGGUACUUUGUUAAUGUUAUUAUUUCUUAAAGCUUACUUUGUUUUGAGUCUUCAAUUGUACUUUCAAGCACUGUAAAAUGUGCACUGGCCCCGAAGACUAUACACUAAAUGCAUUUUUAACAUUUUUGUCACCGGUAUUUUGUUUUUUUUUUUUUUGACCAACUUGUUAACAACCACAACACCUAACGUCAUUUAGAUAUUUUACAGUUGGAAUUUUAUAUGAUCAACUAGUAGCGUUGCCAUAUCUGCCCGUUUGUAUGAUUUUUCGUCGGUGGUUAAGGCUAUUCCAGAUUGUUCUAUAGCCAUUAUCGUGGAUUAAAAUUUUUUAGACAAUCCUGCAAUCAAAAGAGAUCCAAUUUACUCAUUUAAAUUUUUUAACUAUUUCAACAAGUUGAUCACUUAAGAGGCCAGUCACAGUUUGCCAAACGCAAUGAUAUAAAACUUAGUAACAAACUUAUGCGUCUCGUGAAUCCAGAAUCAUCAAACAACUCUUUGAGUUUGUCCCACGGGUCUUCUUCCCAUCUAUGCAAUCAUGGAGAUUGCACAUAACUAGAAAAUUUUCCGCAGCAAAUGUCCACUCACUGUAGUUUUCUCUUUCUAAUAGCUUAUGAAAACUUUCAAUACAAUUCUUUGCCGUCAUUUUCACUUAAAAAUCACGAAUUCCGCAACUUUCCUGGUUUCUUUUUCAUACACGCCACGCUCCUGGGCCCAUAACCUGUCAAAUACCAAAGUGUGCCCUAUUUAAUAUUAUCAUAUUCUGAGCUUUCGAAUACUUACUUUUUUAUGUCUCAAACAUACUGAUUUCGAUUUAAAAUAUUUAUUUUUUCACCUUAUUUUGAGAUAAUAUCGAAAAUUCUCUUUUUUCAUUUAAAUCUCUACUUUCUGAUGGUGUCAAAAAAACCACAUUAUUAUAGUAAUUUUUUUCAGAAAAUGCGAUUUUUUUUAAUCAUUAUGUACAAUUUUUACUUAUUUAAUAAAAUUUUAAGCAAUGUUACAUUGAUAAACACAAGUAAUUAAAAUAUUAAAUCUCAUAAAUAACUUAAAAAUGUACGUAAUAAUUAAAAAAAUAUUUCGGAUUCGAAUUUUCUAUUGAAAAUUAGGGUACUUACUCAAUAUUAUAUCAAAGUAAGGUAAAAAAAUAAAUAUUUUAAAUAGUAAAAUUACACUGUGCUCGGAAAAGUUAAGUUUUUACCAAAUUUCGUAAAAAAACAAACAAAAACCCGCUUAUUUGAAUUUUUUACUUGAAUUUCGAGGUUAUGUGAAAAAAGUGUGCAUGAAAAAGUUUUUUUCUACCUACAAGUAGUUUUACCUUAAAUUGGAUAAAACGUUUUUUACCUUCAAAAACUCCUUCCAGUUCUAGACCUCAUAUCAGCAUAAAUUAUGUUUCCUUCCAUCUUUAUAACAGUCUCUUUCUUACUUAAUUUUUUAUCAAAAUAAGAUAACAAAAAAAUAUAUUUAAAUAUAAAAAUUAUAAAUCGUUGGAACAUCCAUUUGGAGAAAAAAAAAUGUUAAGGAAUGGUUCAUACAUAAAAAUAAAAAAUCUAUCAAUGAUUGAAAACUAAGUUCGAAUUUUUGGAACCAUGGGUGAUCACACCAACACUCACGAGUAAACUUACCUACCUGUGUUCAGAAUGACUGAAAAUUCAUCAUUCUAUUUUAUAUAUUUUAAUGUAAUUAAAAAUAAUUUAUAUUGAUAAUUGCUUCUCUUUCUAACUUGAAAUUUGAAUAUCAACAAUUAAAGAUAGAAAAUGUUGGUGAAUUUAGAAGUAUUGUAUUUGUAUAUUCUUGGAUAUCUAUCAUUUAUUCUAUGCGUAGGUCUAAACGUCAAAACUCUUUCGUAUAAAUAAACGUGUUAUUUAAUAAAAUAGACCCAAAUCAAGAUCAAUCAUUCACAAGAAUAUACAAAAAAGGUCUAAAAUUGAAGAAAUUAUUGGUACAAAACUUCAAACAUAUGGCUAAAUAAUUAAUACAUUGUUCAGUUUUAAACAUUCAUCGAGAAAUUUAUAAAUUUAAUGUAAUUUACAAUACAUGAAAAUUUUGUUCAUACAGAAAUAAUUUUGAAUAAAGUAUGACUUAAACAGUCAUUGUUUAUUUGGCGUAAGAAAAUAAAAAUUUGUAAAUUUGACAUUCGUUUCUAAAAAGAAAACUUUUAUUUUAAUUACAAAAGUGUUUUUACUACUAGACAAAAACUGAAAAACUAAAAUAUUAUCAUGAACAGCUAACAAAAAGAUAAGUGUACAAUUCUAAGUAAUAUAUAUUAUAUUUUAUAGGUGUUAGCAAACCUUCGGCGCAUAACUAGGAAUUAGUUUUUUGUAACUAAUAAGUUGAUUAAAAUAAGCAACCAUAUUAUUCAUCUAAAUUUCACUUAAUCAUAUAUUAUUAGUAAUUUUUUCACAAAAAGUUCUUAAAAUUAAUUCCUGUUUCAAAUUCGGAGAAAUCUUAUGUAAUUAUGAUCUGAAUAUUUGUACAAGUAUGUAGUAGACGGAAUAAUUCAGAAGAAAUUCUUUUAAUAUGUAUGUUCUUGUAUCUUAUAUGUUUCGAUCGGUUCGAACUUUUGAGAUUGAUAAUACUUAAGGUCCUAUUGUUCAAAUUUCCGGUAAUUUUUACUCCAAUAUUAGUAAUCAAACUAUUUGCCCAUAACUUUUUGCCUAUUUUUACACUUGUUUGAAAUUUUGAUGGAAAUUGUGGUGAAAAUUUAUUCUCAAAAUUUUCAUUAUCGAAAAGUAGUUAUAACUAAUUACCAUUGUAUUGUGGCAUUUUAUUUGAAAUUAUUGAAACUAUCCGGAUUCGACUAUUUUGGUUUGUCUACAGAUAUGGAAGACCUCGCCUACGAAAGAGUAAGCUUAAGGAUAAAUAACUGACAGUUGUUAACUUUUGUUGCAUGCAUACAUUUUCUGUGGCAGCGCUAAUCUCGUUGCUUAAUAGCCACAACUUAUUUUUAUUCUUCAUUGCCAUACGGUUACUAUUUAUUUUAUUCAUUACAUUUUUUUUUACAAUGGAUAUUUAGAUUUUACCUUAUGGCUAAGAUUCUUUCUAAAUUUCUUAACUUAUUCCACAAAACAAACAGGUUGCAUUUCUAGGCAAACAAGUUAACUAUUGAGAAUGUAUAACUGAUAUUUCAGAAAGUUUCUUGAAUUUUUAAGCUAAUUAGUUUUAUUGACAAUAGCUAUUCUUGCAUUCGAAUUUUAUAGAAUAAUUUUCAGCUCAUGAAAUAUAUUUUUAUAUGAAGAAUAUUAAAACGUUUGCGAAUUGUGUAUUUUUUUUUAUUAUCCCCUCAUUUGCAUGAUAAAAAAAUUAAAGUUUGGUCAAAUAUCGAGAAAUGCAACUCUAUCAUAUUAUUUGGUU